AUAUAUAUAUAUAUAUAUAUAUAUGCUGAUAUAAAGAGAACACGGUACCGUUUGUCACCCUGAUUGAGGGACAGGCUGACGUGCACGGACGCGUGCGCGUGACGCGCAGUCCCUCCGCCGGCCACUGUUGAAGGAGGGUGUUACGGAGGGGUAUCGACUCCGCGAUGGACCAGUAGGAGCAGCGCCAGUCCGGGGCGGAACAUGAGGCGCGGCUGGUGCUGGGUCGGCGCUGGUUUGGCGGUGGUCACCCUAAGCAUCAUUAUCGCCGUUCCGCUGAGUCUGAUGCGUGCGACCGGCGAUUUCAAGUCGACAUUUAUUACCAAAUGUGAACGAUUCCCCGGGAAAAGCGCAAGACACGACUGCCUGGGCAUAUGGCAAGCGUUUGAACAAGCGUACGUGGGAAAGGACCCAUGCCAGGUCCCAGUGGAGUCCUACGACCAUCUCCUCACCACAUCACCUUUUGAGCCUGCAUGCAACCGAACGAUGUUCUGGAGCAAAACGAAAGAUUUGGUCCAUGAAUUCACUAUGCAUAGAGAUUGUUUUCUUACUGCUGAAGAUACUCUGUUGGGCUUCAUCCUGGAUGAACUGACUUGGUGUGGGAAGGAAGGCAGCAAAGAGACGUUCACCGCAGACUGCCCAGGAUGGACUACAUGUGUGCACAAUCCUGUUCGUUCAUUCUGGAAAAGAGUCUCAGCAGCAUUCGCAGAUGUUGCUUGUGGUGAUGUCACAUCGAUGCUUAACGGGUCCAUAACCACACCGUUCAGUUCCACAAGUAUCUUUGCUACCAUUGAGGUGAAAAGACUCAAGUCCCCUAACGUGAAGAGCCUGAAUGUUGUUUUGACCACGAAUGCGAAUGCUGUGACAAAUUGCGACAAUGCAUCUUUAAAGGACUUGCAGAGAGAACUAGACCGAGGAAUAAACUACAGCUGCAAGGAGGUGAAUGAAACCAAGAUCAAGCGCUGCAUCUCUGACCCAAGCAUACCUUGCAGGGCCUGUUGGUGAAGAAGUGUGUUUGUAAGCUGUUGGACAAGAAACGUUCCAACACAAGGGGAUUAUUGAUUGUAUAUACCUUGUAUAAAUUGACUUAGAUCAUGAGGGUCUGAUUUUGGCCCAAUGUUUUCUUUAUGUGUUAAAAGAAAAAAACACAACAAAACUUUUGUAUUACGGAGCGAAAGGGAUCAAUGUGCUGUGCUGCAUGUUUAAAUGUCAAUGCUGCAAUAAAACUAUCUGAAUGUCUCAAACGUGUUAGAUUUCGAUGAAAUUUGAAAUACUUGAAAUUAAAAUGUUG